CCUUGAGAGUGUAGAAACGGACUUUCAGUUAUACUGUUUCAUUGGGUUUACCACGACUUUAACUCAUUAAUUAAGAAGGAAAAAAGGACGUUUUAAUUCAAAAAUGCAAUUUACAUGGUUAUAUACAAUCGUACUUUUAAGUCUGGUGGUGUGUUGCACAGGUGGAAAAAAGGGGGGUUGCAAAACAGGCGACACAUCCCCCGAUGAAAAUGAUUGUACCAAAUACUUUGUUUGUGAUAAUGGUGCUAACGUUACCAUGCAAUGUCCAUUUGGAACAGCUUGGAGUGAUAAAAAAGCAACUUGUGUGCGAGCAGACACUGUUGGAUGUAAAAUCAAGUUACAGUCUGUGAAAGCAGAAUCUGGAAAUUUUACCUGUCCUGCGACGUUUGGCUAUUUUGCCGAUCCAGACAACUGUACGAAGUUUUACAUGUGUUCCUGGGGAAAACCAACCUCCAAGCAAUGUGUAGGGAAUACAGGAUGGGACUCCAAGGGCAAAUUCUGUAACUAUAAAGACAAUUUGUCAGGCUGUUCGUGAUUAAAUAUUGUGCAAUCGGUUAAAACAAUGUUUUGCUGUU